GCACAACGUCACGUUACGUAGCGUGAGGGUGAUAGGUCAUACAGAAAUGGCUACUGGAAACGGACUUGCUUCUUUGGGCGUAGAAGGAGCCACGGCCGCAGCGCACGCGCUCUCUCUCCCGGCUGAUGCGUACGGAAAUGACCCUCAACUGGAAGUAAUGUGGGCAAUGAAAGCCUACCAACAUGCUGACAUUUACUUCAAUCUCAUCUCCUCUGUGGAUCCGAAAUUUCUGAAGCUCACAAAGGUUGACGAUAAGAUUUACUCCUCGUUCAGGGAGGCAUUUCCCGACCUGAAUAUUCAGAUACUGGACCCGGAACUGCUCAAGUCAGAAGAGGCCAAAGAGAAAUGGAGGCCGUUUUGCAAUCAGUUUGAAGGACUCGUGGAGGACUUCAACUACGGCACGCUUUUGCGACUGGACUGCCAGAAGGACUACACAGAGGAGAACACCAUAUUUGUAACCAGAAUCCAGUUCUUCGCCGUGGAGAUCGGAAGGAACAGGGAAGGCUACAACAGUGUCGUCUUCAACGCCAAGAAACAGAGCUCAGAGGCAGGGCAGAGCUAACCAAUCCACUGGCAGCCGUGCUUCAAGCCUCCUCCACCCCAGAAACCACCUAUCCAGCUCAACGCUGCCCUCUGCAGGUCACUGGGGAGGGGAAAUAAUGCAGUUGAACUUACUUUCCUGGUGUCCAUCCUCCUCUGGAAGUUCCUCACCAAUGAGACUGAAGCCACUCAGAUCCCAUGCAGUCUGAGGAAGCAGAAGUUGAUGUUAAAAAUUGAUAACGCCCCUCAAAAAUAAUUGGCAUGUUUCCCCGCCCCCUAAUCCAUCAAACAAGGUGGUACUGGAAAGUCCUGAACAUUUUUUGCUCCGCUGGUGUGCCAAAUGACUUCCCUUGAAAAACAGACUGUUUGUUUGUUUGUUUGUCCUUUGUUUCACUGUCUCAAGAUUGUCAAAGAAAACGAGCCUUCCCGUGAAGGCGGGUCACGGUUCGAUAGUGGCUGAAAUGGUUCAUGCUUAAUAUAUAAACUGACGCAGG